AUGGUGGCCGGGAUGAGUGGAAUCGUCAGCCUCGCCGGAAUCAAUCCCAUAGAAAAAAGCACAAAACAUUCCGGCUAUGGUGUUUAUAUCAGUCGGCGGACUGUGGAUAGACGUCGACAACGGCGUGGUGGAGGGAGCUCUGUGACACAGCCAUUGACGGUGACAUGCUUCAGAGGCUCAGCGACUCAACUGGUGGCGGCAGACGGCGGCUGCCUGCGGGAUGUCGGGAGCCGGGAUUGUCGGCGACGGCGGCGACUGGAGUGUCGAGGUCGUGGCUAUGGGCGGUGGUCGGCUGCGGCAGGCGCUGGAGGUAGCAGAUGGUGGUCAGAACAUGGUAUACAGGCCAAGGUGUGGGUCAAGUCGUGGAUGCAAUUUAAGGAAGUUCAUGAAUUAAGCAUGUUUGUGACGCCUGCAAAAUUUUCUCUUCUUGCUGAUGAUCAAAGUAAAGAAACCCAAUAA